UCUAGGUGGCGCGCGACAGCUUCCUGUUUGGAUCAGUCCAGGAAGGAGAGCCAAAUGGCGUCGGCGGUGGGGUUAGGGUACCUUCGGCGAGUGGAAUCCUGCAGACAACAAACGGGGAAUAUUGUCUCUCGAAUCCGACAGGGCCAGGUUACCGGCCGAGGACUGUGUCGGGGCACUCAGCUUCCUGAAGCAUUGCUAUAUGAAAGGGACAAAAAAGCAAAAUGGCAUGGCAUCCCAGUUCUUUUGCAGAAGUUGUAUGAAAACAGCUAUCCUAACUGUGACCUCUCUCAGGUCCAUGGUGUAAUUAAGGAGAUAUCUUCCUUGCUGUCUAUGGAAGCAAUGGCAUUUGUCACAGAAGACCGAAAGACAGCUCAGGAAUCCACCUAUCCAAACACUUACACUUUUGACCUUUUUGGAGGUGUUGAUCUUUUGGUUGAAAUUCUUAUGAGACCCACAACUGCCCAGAAGAAGAAACUAAAAAUGAGUGAUGAACUGGUGAAGGAUUGCUUAAGUGUUCUGUAUAACUGCUGCAUAUGUACUGAGAGCAUCACAAAGAGCCUUGCAGCAAGAAAUGAGUUUGUCCUUUUCCUGUUCACACUAAUGACAAAUAAAAAGACCUUUUUACAAACAGCCACAUUAAUUGAGGACAUUCUUGGUGUUAAAAAGGAGAUGAUCCAAUUAGAAGACAUUCCUGACCUACCCAGUCUUGUUCAGCGGUUUGAUCAACAGCAGCUUGCCAACUUCUGUCGAAUUCUGUCAGUUACCAUUUCAGAACUUGAUGUUGGGAAUGAUGAUAAGCAUACGCUCCUUGCCAAAAAUGCCCAACAGAAAAAAAAUUCUAACCCAUCACGUGCAGAAAUUAACCAAGCCACUCUUUUGAACAUUCCUGGCUUUAUAGAACGGUUGUGUAAGUUGGCUACAAGAAAGGUUUCAGAAUCUACUGAAACAGCAAGCUAUCUUCAAGAACUGGAGGACUGGUACACAUGGUUAGAUAAUGCGCUUGUUUUGGAUGCUCUCAUGCAGAUGGCCACUGAAGAAGCAGAACACAGCAGUACUGAUGCAGUAGAUGAAAGUACCUUGGUGAACAGGCGCCUCCCACAAUCCAUGAAAAUCGUUCAUGAAAUAAUGUACAAGGUUGAAGUGUUGUAUGUUCUCUGUGUUUUGCUAAUGGGUCGCCAGAGAAACCAGGUGCACAAAAUGCUUGCUGAGUUUAAGCUUAUUCCUGGCCUGAAUAGUCUUUUUGAAAAGCUUAUCUGGAGAAAACAGACAAACCAUGUCUUGCAUGGACAAAAUCAAAGCUGUGAUUGCAGUCCGGAUAUUUCCUUAAAAAUUCAGUUCCUUAGACUGCUUCAGAGCUUCAGUGACCAUCAUGAAAACAAGUACCUUCUGUUAAACAGGCAGGAGCUCAAUGAGCUUAGUGCAAUAUCUGUGAAAGCCAAUAUCCCCGAGGUUGAGGCUCUUGUGAACACAGAUAGGAAUCUGGUAUGCGAAGGAAAAAAAGGCCUUUUAACACGUUUGCUAACUGUAAUGAAACGAGAACCUGUGGAUUCUUCAUUCAGGUUCUGGCAGGCAAGAGCAGUGGAGAGCUUUUUGCGUGGUGUAACUUCAUAUGCUGAUCAGAUGUUUCUUUUAAAGAGGGGACUUUUAGAGCACAUUCUUUUUUGCAUCAUUGACAGUAAAUGUAAAUCCAGAGAUGUUCUACAAAGCUACUUCGAUCUCUUAGGUGAACUGAUGAAGUUUAACAUUGAUGCUUUCAAGAUAUUUAAUAAAUAUGUCAACACAGAUGAAAAGUUUCAGGUUUUUUUAAAUCAAAUCAACAGCUCACUGGUGGACUCAAAUAUGUUGGUUCGUUGUAUUGUGCUGUCACUUGAUAGAUUUGAAAGUCAGACAGAAGAUGUGAAAGUUGUGGAUGUGCUGUCAGAAUGCUGCCUUCUCUCCUAUAUGUCUCGAGUGGAUAACAGGUUGUCCUUUCUCUUCAGACUAAUUAAUAUAAUCAAUGUACAGACACUGACACAGGAGAAUGUAAGUUGUCUCAAUACCAGUUUGGUGAUUCUGAUGUUGGCACGGCGGAAAGGCAAGCUUCCCUUCUACUUAAAUGCACUUCGAGAAAAGGAGUAUGCUGAGAAAUAUCCAGGCUGCCUUCUGAACAAUUUCCACAACCUCCUUCGUUUCUGGCAGCAACAUUACCUCAACAAGGACAAGGAUAGCACAUGCCUUGAAAAUAGCUCUUGCAUUUCUUUCAGUUACUGGAAAGAGACUGUCUCAGUCCUACUUAAUUGUGACAGGACUUCACCGAGUGCCAUAGCCAGCUACAUUGACGAGGCGUACAUGGAUAUCGACAGAGAUUUUAUGGAGGAUUAAUCCCGGGAAACUCUUUGGAUGAAAGACUAUUUCGAGGAGUAUAUCCCCAACCAUGAAUAUUCAGGGAUACAUCACUGUACAGUGUUUUAUGUUGGAUGCUGGAAAUACAGAAUGUUAUUGAUAAUUGCAGGAGUGUUUUAGCCCCCAGCAAUCAUUAACACAUUUUGUGUGUGUGUGUGUGCGCGUGUGUGUGUUUUUAAUUUUUUUUUUUUUUUUUAUAGUACCCCCUCACCCCCACCCCAUACCCUGGAGUCAGAUGCAUAUGUUUAUCUUAUGUUAUUGGUUUUUGCUGUAGGUCAGUAAGUUCUUCUAAUACAGGCUCAUCAUUUAAAAUAUGCAGUAUAUAACGACAGAGUUCUAGAAAUGGAUGUCUUGUUGCAGACAUUCCUCGUAGACUUGGAUUCUCCUUCCUGUACAGAUGAACAUUUUGAAGCUAAUUUAGCAUCACAGUUUUGGACAAUCCCUUUAUUUGUGAAGAGACUAAAUAAGCAAGACAGGAGCAUUAUUUGCAAAAAGAAAAAAAUCAGUAUAACCAUGGAAUAGGAGUUGGUGUUAAAUGCAAAAAAAAAAAAAAAAAAGACUGAAAUAGUUUUCAGAAAACCACAAAAGACGGACUGAGCUGUUUGUGGACCUGCACUACCUUUUUUUGCAACUUUAUCCUGGAAGACCUGAGUUCAAAUUGAAUCAUGAAAUCCCUAUGCUGGUACCAGAAAUCACAGGACUUAGGGGGCCUCUCCUCUUCCCUUUCUCCCUUUUUUGGAGUCACUUCUGUUUCUUUUAAUUUAUUUUGUUUUGGUUUUUUUUUUUUGCCAUGUCUGACUAUAAAGACUGCACAAGUUGUUGUUGCCAUCAUCAGAAUUCUCAACUAUUUAAAUUUCCGCUUAAUCCACAGGUAUAUUGUAUAUUUAGAGUGCAAUUUGACUUGCCAAUACAGUAAAACACCAUGGGACAUGGUACGUUCUGCUGGCUACGGGGAGGGCUGGUGCUUCACUUCACUUCGUCCAGCCACCAUCUCUGACGUAUUUCUGAGGCAGUAAGACGGAGCUGACGGGAUGGGAGAUGUGGGGUUGUGUUUUUAAAAUGCUGCUUCCCUGAAUACAGGUGCCUUGGAUAAGAGGGUUUAUAUAUUUGCAUUAUUUUUCUUGCCUAUUUAGCAGCUAAUGACAGCAAUUAGUAGAUAAACUAUGACUUGAGCUACCUCAUAAAUCAGUGUCAAUCUGAAAGAGUACACCUUUGGCAGAGGAAUAUCAUGGAGAUGGUUCCAUUCUACCAAAAAGAUCGAAAUCAAAGUGGUAAAGUGGCUCAUCAGGGACUUGUUUGAAAUCUUGAAUAUUAACCAGUGGUUGUUGUCCUGUUUAGCUCCCAAACCACCAUCUUUAGCUUUUCACUGUAUGUCAGUAUGUCAAGUCACAGUUAAUUAAAAUAAAAGUAUAAGCCAGUGUGGCUGGUUUGCUUUUUCUAAGGGCAGACAUCUGUCCCCACUUCCCAGGUCCAUAGUUUCAUUUACUGUUGGGUGACAUCAUGCCACGUUAGUUUGUUUCUUUUUGAAAAGUAACUGAAGCACCAUUUUUAUGUUUUUUUCCCUUUGCCACGGUAAUGCUGUACAAACCUAGUUUUGUCAACGCUCUAUUAAAAUGAACCUCCACAGCGCUGCCUUAUUUUUGUGUACAUCGUCCCGUUUGGUACAAACGGUGACUUCUCGGAGAUGCUGGCAUUCCCUUUUCUCCCAUAUCCAGCUGUCGGUUCCUCAGCUUUGCUGCACACCAUUGUGUAAAAUUCCAUGUAAAAAAGCACAGUCUGACACUUCAUGAAUCCUAGGAUUUGUAGCCGUAUUACACUCCACUGACUGCAUGCUCUUCUCUCAGAGCAUUCAGCAUCCUUUGACGACUUCUGGUUCAGUGUAUUAUUUUAUUUGCAUUUCACAUACUUCAGAAUUUCCAUUCAUACAAAACAGAAUUGGUCUUUGACGGGACGUACUUUGAACGUUGAUUUAUUUUUAGCAAGGUAAGUAGUAAAGCAAGAUUCAAAACUAAGCUUGGAAAUUUUUAAAAUAAUUAAAUCAAAUAUUAAUGUCCUGAAAAUUGAAGAGACUUCUGUAUUAGCAGUUGAAACUAUUUGCACAUUCAGAGCUCUUUUUUGUUGUCGUUAUAAUUACCUUGAAGCUAACACUCUGCUCUACUCUGUUCGUGGGCACACAGUGCAUUGCUUCUGACUUCUGUUUUUUUAUGCAUGCUUUUCUAUUCUUUGACAAUUGUACAUCAAUUUCACGCCACACAUUUCUAAUAAUAAAUUUUGUGAAUGGACCAAAAGGCCACUAGUUGGGCUGUUGGCCCGUUACUCUGACACUGGGAUUGGCACCGCCAGAUAUUUAAAAGUGAGCCUCCCUCCAUGCAGACGCAGGGCAUGCUGUUCUCACCCAAGGACCACUCAGAUCCCCUCUGCUGUUGUCUUAAAGCUGAAGUCCUGAUUUUAUUUUAAUACUGUAUUGUAGGUGAAAAUCACAUUAAAAUAAAGUAUUCUCACUUCUUGAAGCAAGAAUUCUGUUUGAGUGCGCUUUUGCUAUUAUUUAUUUUAAAACUAAACUGUCUUAAUUUGUAGAUAAAUUGGAAUUAUGCAAUUUACCAUAAAUGCAUUUGUAUGCAGCAAGGUGUACAAUUAUAGCAUGUAAACCAAAAGUUAAACACAUUUGUCACUAGAAAUGGAAAGAAAUGCUAAACAUCUAAUCCAAGGCACUUAUUCAUUUAUACUCAUCAUAAUCAUAUAUUGCAUUAUAAGUCAAAAUAAAUCCUUGGUUUCCUUUA